AUGGAAGCCUACUAGAUUCGAAGAUUUGAAGACAGAGAUCAUGAAGAAGUACGAGAGGUUGUAAUUAACAGCUUUAAUGAAACGUGCGCAGCAUUGUUCAGAUAUGCUCUUUGGCAGCCUGGCAUACAGUUGGCCCUACUCACUGUCUUCUGCUUCCUCUUCCUGAGUUCUGCAUCUUUCCUGCUGUCUUCAGUAGGUCUCGCCUUAAUGAUCCUGGCAGUGAAUCGAGCAGCAUACCAACUUAUCACCAAGAAUUGGAUUGAGGUAGCAUUGAAAGGAGAUUUUCUGAACAUCAAAAAAACCUACAUGGAAACCAGUGGUUCAUGCUUUUGGGUCGCAGAGUGCAAUGGCAAAGUGGUUGGCACCAUCGCAGCCACACCUUCCAAAGAGAAGAAGGGAGCCUUGGAAUUGAAACGCUUCGCUGUCAGGAUGGGAUACAGAGGCCGAGGAGUUGGGAAAGCCCUCUGCAGAGCACUCUGUGAUUUUGCCCAGGCAAAUGGCAACCAAAGAAUAAUGUUGUGCACAUCUGUGAUUCACUAUGAAGGGCUGAAAUUUUAUGAGAGAUUUGGCUUUAAAAAAACAAGAGAAUACUGUUGGCCUUCACUGUUAGGGAAAGCACUGAACCUGUUGAUGAUUUGUUACAGAUAUGAUCUUUCUCUUUCUUAG